AUGAGUUCUGUCUCCAGCGAGCCUGGUGACGGGGACACCUCCCAGCAGUCCCGGCUGGGGUUGGACGCCGUGAUCCAGAAGCUGGAGGACACCAUCCUAAGCCCCGCGGCCAGCAGAGAAGACCGGGCACUGACAGUGCAUGGGAAAGGCCGGCGGGCCUCACCUACCCCUGUGCCCGCCCGAAUACGAGAAAUUGUGGCCAGCAGCCUGGGCGAAGAGCCAUCCCAAGUAGGGGUGCAGGAUCCACCAGCUGUCACAGCCCGAGUACAGGAAGAGAACGAACUCCUGCAGGAGGAGCUGACCCGGCUGGAGGACCUGCUGGCCCAGGCUGGCACUGAGCGGGAUGAGCUGGCCAGCAGGUACCAUGCGGUCAGUGAGCGGCUGCAGGCCCGACUGGAGACUACCGAGGCUCGGCUGCGGAGGUCAGAGCUGGAGCACAGUGUGGACUUGGAGGAGGCCCUCAGCCGUCUGGAGGCCGCAGAACAGAGGAGCACUGGCCUCUCUCAGGUGAACACCCUUCUGCGGGAACAGCUGGAGCACAUGAAGAAGGCCAAUGACUCACUGGCCCAGGAGCUGGCCAGGACGACAGGCAGUGUGCUACGCCUGCGGAGCCAGCUGGAGCUGAGGCACCGAGCUGAGAGAGAGGUGCUCCCCCAAAUCUUGCCCACCCUGUGGCAGCUGCCUGCUUGGCCAAUGAGCCCAAGGGAGCCCCAGGAUCUCCUCCUCCUGUGGAGACAGGCUGUGACACUCCAGAGACACCUGGCUGAGCUUCGUGCAACCACUGAGAGGGGUCUCACUGACAUGCAGGCAGAUGUGGCCAGGACAGCCCGGCGCCUGCACACAGCCUGCCUGAAUCUCGACUCCAACCUGCGGCUGUCGGUUGGCAGCACGGCCAGCACCCUGGGGCAGCAGCUGCGGGACAAGGUGGCGGAGAUGCUGCAGCUGCAGGGCUGCUGGGAUGCAGAGAAGGUGACUCUCCAGGCCAGACUCUCAGAGCAAUCGCUGCUGGUGGAGAAGCUCACAGAGCAAAAAGAGAAGAAAGAGAGAACCAUCAUGUCCCUCAGAAUGGAUGUUCAGAAACUGGUGGCCCAAGAAGACACCAGGUGCCCAGAGCUGGCAUGGGGCAAUACUGAAGGCGAGGAACCACAGCACCGACUAGGGAGCCCCCCGCGAACCAUGUUCCCCCAUUGGGCACUGUCCCCACCACGGGCCCACUCCCCAGCCACCCCAGACCCCACACUGCAGGCAGUACAGGCAGCCAUUGAGAGGCGGCGGCAGCAGGAGCAGAAGCUGAGCCUGCAGCUGGAGUCCUCCCAGGCAGUGGCGGCCGCACUCAGGGAGCAGCUGUCUGAGUCCCGGCGGGAACUGCGGGUCUCACAGAGGCUCUUGCGGGAGCGAGAGGUCCUUCGGGGCCAGCUGGAGGCCCAGAGGCUUGAGGCACAGCACUGCCAGGAGUCCUGCAAGCUCCUGGGAAGGGAGAAGGCAGCUCUGGAAGCAGUGGUGGAGGAACUGAAAGGGAAGAUAGACAUUGCAGACGCAGAGAAUCAGAGGCUGGAGGCCGAGACCUCAGAGCUACGGAGGAGCCUCUUGCUGCGGGCGGAGCAGAAGGAACAGCUGGCACUGCAGGAGGAACGGAGCUGCAGAGCGUUGGAGACCAGUCAAGGGCGCCUGCAGCAGCUGGAGGAGAAGGUCUCGACGCUCAGGAAGGAGCUGGCGUCAGCCCGGGAGGCUCUGAACGCGGUACAGCUGCAGAGGGAAGUUGUGGAGAGCGAGCGGGAGGGCCUGCGCAGCGCCCUGGCCCGGGCCGAGUCCAGCAACGCUGACCUGGAGCUGCUCAUGAGGAGGCUGAAAUCAGAGGGAGUGGAGCAAAGGGACUCCCUGGCCACGAUGGCUGCCCUCAUGGAAGGGAUGGCUCAGGACAAGGGCACCCUGAACCGCCUGGUUCUCCAGCUGGAGCAGGAGCGGGACCAGCUGCGGGAGCAGCGGAAGGCUCUGGAGCAGGAGCGGACAGACGCCGAGGAGCAGAUGGCACGGGCAAAGCAGCAGCUGGCACGCGGAAAGGCAGAGCACCGAGGCCUGCAGCAGGCCUGCGGGCGCCUGGAGCAGCGGCAGGAGCAACUGGAGGAGCAGGCAGCCCUGCUUGGGCACGAGAGGGCCCAGCUCCUGAAGCAGAUGGGCCAGGUCACCUACAAGAAACAGGCCCUGGAGGAACAGCUGGCCCAGAUCCUGCAGGACCAAGAAGCCCAGAUGGACACUCUGCAGCAAGCCCUACAGGAGAAGGAUGCUUUGUCUGAGGAGCGGUCCCAGCUGCUGGCCAAGCAGGAGGCUCUGGAGAGGCAGGGCCAGCUCGCAGCUGAGAAGGCAGCUGACCUCAGGGCUGAAAGAGACUCCCUAGAGAGCAGCUUCCUUGAGGCCCAGCAGCUGGUGAUGCACCUGCAGGCCCAGCAAAAGCAGCUGGAGGGAGAGGCCCAGAGCGCACGUCUGGCUCAACAGGCCUUGCAAGGGGAAAUGGAACAGCUGAGAAGUGCCUGGGAGAUCCAGGAGACAAAACUUCAGCAGGAUGUGGGGCGGCUCCAGUGGCAGGUGGCACAGCAGGAACGGGAUGCACAGCUGGCCUUAGAGAGCCAGGCACUGACCCACCACGAGGACCUGGCACGGCUCCAGAGAGAGAAGGAGACCCUGAGUUUAUCCCUGGCAAAGGAGAAGGAGGUGACUGCAUGCUGGCUGGAGAAGGAGAAGGAUCUGGUGGCAAAAAGUACAGCCGAGAGGGAGGCUCUGAAGGAGGAAAUUCAGAACCUGAAGCAGGAGCGGGAUGAGAGCCUCCUCCAACUGGAGCAUGAGAUGCAGCAGGCCCUGUCUCUGAAAGAAGCAGAGCGGAGCCUGCUGAGUGAAGAGCUCAUCAGGGCCACACGAGCGCUGGAUCAGGUGCAGCAGGAGGCCCAAAGCCGGCAGGAGCAAGCUGAGGCCACCAUCAGCACCACAAUUGAGGAGCUGAAGGCCCUCCAGGCUCAGUUUGAGGAUGCCAUCUCAGCCCAUCAGAGGGAGGCCGCAGCUCUGAGUGAGCGUCUUCGGGACAUGGCAGCCCAGCGAAGUAAUACAGAGAGAGAGGCUGAGAGGCUUCGGGCACAGUUGACUGUGGCCCAGGAGGGGCUGACCAUGCUGCGCCAGGAGCUGCAGGGCAUUGAGGAGAGCCGUGAGGGGCUGCACAGGGAGGCCCGGGAGGCCCGCCGGGCGCUGGGCGAUGAGGCCCGCGAGAAGGACGUGCUGCAGCAUUCCAACAGCGAGCUGCGGGCUGCCAUCCGCAGAGCCGAACAGGAGAAGGCCAGUUUUAAGCGGUCCAAGGAGGAAAAGGAGCAGAAGCUGCUUGUCCUGGAGGAAGCCCAAGUGGUGGCGCAGCAGGAGGCCAGCGCAUUGCGGACCAGCCUGCGGGAGCUGGAGCAGGCACGGGUAGAUGCCCACCGGGAGCUCCAGGAGCUUCGCAGACAGGUGAGGACGCUGGAGGCCGAGAACCAGAGGCAGAGUCGUGAGGCCAGAGAGCUGCAGAUGCGAUGCACACAGGAGGCGCAGAGACGACAGCAGAGUACACAGGAGGCCCUGGAGCUGCAGGGGCAGGCGGCCCAUGCAGAGGCUGCACUGGAGAGUGCCCAGAAGGAGAUCCUGGGGCUGCAGAGGAAGUUGGCAGAGAUGGAGGCCACAGGGGAGGCCCAAGGAGAGAGGCUCCAGGAGCACCUCCGCAAGAGCCAGCAGGCUGAGCAGAUCCUCCGGGUCGAACUGCACAGUGUCACCAGGAAGCUGCAGCAGGCCAGCAACAUGACUGACGGCCUGCAGACUCGCCUGGAUGGGGCCUGUCACCGGAUCCGUGGCUUGGAGCAGGAGCUGGCCCAGGCUGAGGGUACAAGGCGAGAUGCAGAGGCCCAGCUGGGCCGGCUGUGCUCCGUGCUACGCCGUGGCCUGGGGCUUCGAGGACAGAGCCCUUCGGCCUCCCCCAAGAGGCCCAGCUCUCCUGUCAAAGGUUAGCAUUCUCAGUGCCGCCUCCCAAGCACCCCUCCCCUGUCACCUCCUGCAGGCUCUGCCAGCAGCCCCAUCAGGCCCCACUCACCGUUCCGAUGGCCCUCACCCACACCCGGAGCCCUCAGCCUGGAGCUCAUGGAUGUGGCCUCUGUGCAGGAUGCCCUGGGGGACUUGAUGCAGAAGCUCCGGGAUGCACAGCGAGAGCGGGAUGACUCCUGUGUCCAGGUGGCAAGCCUGAACCACCAGCUGACUGAGGUGGAGAGCGAGCGUGCCCGGGCCCAGAGCCGUGCAGGGCAGCUGCAGAAGGCCUUGGUCAAGGCAGAGGAAGGCCGACGCCGGGCAGAGGGUGCACUGAGCAGCGCCCUGGCAGCACAGGCCCUGCAGAAGGAGGCGCUCCACAGGUUGGAGACUGAGCACUUGGCCAGCAUGCGGGCAUCGGGCCAGGAGAAGCGACAGCUGCAGGAACAACUGGACACCCUGCACCAGGCCCUUGACGAGAGCAGGAGGCACAGCCAGGACCUGGCCACAAAGGGGAGGCUGCUGAAGGAGCAGCUCGCCAGCUUGGAGCACAGAUGCCAGGAGGCUGAGGGAUUGCUGGAGCCCCUGAAGCAGACAGAGCAGGAGAUGCUGAAGAGGGAGGGGGACGUGGCAAAGUUGGGGGCCAAGAAGGAGCAGCUGGACCAGUCCCUGAAGAGCCUGCACCAGGAGGUGGAUGGAGCCCUGAGGCAAAACCAGCAGCUGCAGGUCCAGAUGGCAGAGCUGGAGCAGGCCCACACCCAGCGGCUCCAGGAGCUGGCUGCCCAUCACCAGCAGGACCUGGCCAUGGAGGCAAAGCGUCUGCAUGGGGCCCAGCUGCAGGCCACACAGGCCCUGGAGUCCUGUGAGCAGACCCACCAGCAGCAGGUGAAGGUGCUGGAGGAGCAGGUGGCCAGCCUAAAGGAGCAGCUGGCAGAAGUGCAGCAGCGGCAGCAGGUCCACCUCGGCCAAGCCUCUCAGGCUGGACACUCUGUAAACAUGGGAAAACACGUGGGAAACAUUUCCACCAACCGAAGCCAAAAACACAAUGUCCUGCAAGACCAGCCACCACAUGCCCACGUCCAGAGGAGGCUGCAGAACCUCUGUGUCCAGGAACUGCAGGCCUGUCACGGUGGCAGUGGGCAGAGGGAGCAGAUCUACCUGUGA